CUUGCGGCCGCUGCGCUCGGUCCCCUGCUCGGCCUUCAGUGCCCAAGUUGAGGCCAAUUAGAGCGAGCUGGACUUAAGUCCUCGUGUCCGAGCCAGAUUACAUGAGUUUUCAAUAUGCUUCGAUACCAGUAUCUUUGCAGAGUCUACAAAAGAUUUUUCCCAUACAGUUUUGAAACUGGCAUAUUCAAUAUAGGCAGAAGCACAAAAGAAAUUCAUUCUUCGGUCAGCAGGCACAAUGAAAUUGAAGAUGGAGAGCAUGCAAGUGAGUCCAAAGGAAAGGAAAUACAUAGUUCUCAAAGGGAAAAUCUUGAAACUAUGAAACAAUUACACAUACCAGUGAUGGUCAAUGAAGUUAUUAAUUGUUUAGCACCACGGCAAGGGCAGAAUAUUCUCGAUAUGACAUUUGGUUCAGGAGGCCACUCAAGAGCCAUUCUACAGAAGGAAUUGGAUGUUACCUUAUAUGUUCUAGACAGAGAUCCAGCUGCUUAUGCCAUAGCUCAACAGCUUUCAGAAUUGUAUCCGAAACAGAUUCGAGCUUUGCUAGGCCAGUUUAGCCAAGCCGAGGCCAUGUUAAUGAAAGUUGGAGUACAGCCUGGGACUGUUGAUGGAGUUCUGCUAGAUCUUGGGUGUUCCUCUAUGCAACUUGAUACUCCUGAAAGAGGUUUUUCCUUUCGGAAGGACGGCCCCUUGGACAUGAGGAUGGAUGGUGGCAGGUACCCUGACAUGCACACUGCUGCUGAUGUUGUGAAUGCCUUAGAUCAACAGGCUCUUGCGUUGAUCCUGAGAACAUACGGGGAAGAGAAGUAUGCCAAGAAAAUCGCUUCAGCCAUCGUUCAGGCACGCAGCAUCUAUCCCAUCACCAGAACCCAGCAGCUUGCCAGCAUUGUUGCAGGUGCCUUUCCUGCUGCUGCUUUGUAUGAAAGGAAAGACUUGCUCCAGAGAUCAACCCAUAUUGCUACCAAGACUUUCCAAGCCCUCCGAAUAUUUGUAAACAAUGAACUGAAUGAACUCUAUGUGGGUCUGAAGACAGCUCAGAAAUUUCUGAGGCCAGGGGGCCGCCUCGUUGCCCUUUCUUUCCAUUCACUCGAAGACCGCAUUGUCAAACGUUUCUUACAUGGAAUAGACAUGACAGAAAAGCUUAGUCCAAAAAGGAGACAGAAGAUAACUCAAGCCCAAAGUCUGUGUUUAAAUCCAGAAAAUGAAGAAUUCUUUAGAAGUUCAUCUCCCUUGGAAUGGGAAAUGAUACACAAGAAGGUGGUUAUACCGGAAAGUCAGGAGGUCCAAGACAAUCCUCGAGGGCGCUCUGCCAAACUCCGGGCAGCUAUCAAGCUAUAAAAACAAAGCUAUUACUUAUCCUUUUCCCUCAUUUUUAUCCAUAUCAUUUUUUAAAAUUAACUGUUGAAACAGCUCAAAUAAAAUGUUAAUGAUGUAAGAAAACCCAGGAUUUGAGGGGUUUUAGUAUCAUAUUUUGUGGAAAGACUCUAGGAACAUAAACACGGAAAGAAAAAUUCAGCACAAGAAUCUUUGUUCCAAGGCUAGACAAAUAAUUUCAUUUUAGGGGGAAAAAUGUUGUGGGAUUUUUUCAGCUUGUUCCCUAAUCAAGAAAAUGUUAAAUUGUAAAUGAAUGCAAUUUAAAGGAAAAUAAAUACUCUA